AAUCUCUCCCCGCCCCCACCCCCGUGUGUAUUGCGCGGAGUCGGCUUGCGGGGAAAUGGUGCCCUGGGCUAACUUCUAUUUUGGUGCCCCUGGCCCCCUUGCGUGUGGUGCCCCCCCGUUGCCCCUGGCCACCGUGGGCUCCCCACCCUCCCUCUCCCCUAACGCCGCCCUGCACCCCCUCUUGCACCCAUGUGGGGAAACUCACCUGAAUGGCAGGGAGCAGAGCUGCUAGGUCGCCUUGAAUGCUGGGGGGGGCGCAACAUCGGGACUCCCUGCAUCCAGGUCACUUCCCCACCUGGCUACCUGCGAUUAAGGCAGAGAGCAGCGCCUGAUGCUCGCCUCCCAGCCCAGGUGGGGAAAGUGAUCUGGAUGCAUGGAGCACUUGGUGUUGCUCCUCAUUCUCCUCCUCACAGCCCCCUAGGAGGGCAUGGAGGAACAUUGUGGGGGGUGGGGGAGCUGCGCACCUCAGCUCUGCUGCACUUUGGGCAAUCACCCAGGGCCCCCUGGUAUUGGGUGACACUGUAUAGGCAGCUGUACAGUUUCUAUCCCAUAGUCAGUGCAGAUGUUUGAGGCAAUAAUAAAUUUCUCCAAAAUUCUAAAAGACAAAUGUGAUUGGACUACAUUGGAAGGGGCGCUCAUGGGCAGGUGUAGUGACUUCCCCUCCCUCAUUUAGCUGCCUUUCACUCCUAUUUGAAAUUGACUACAUUUCAAGCUGAUGGUUUCCUUUUAUGGUCAUGGAUUAUCAGGAUCCCACAGUGUUUUAUUUGAAGCAGAAACCAAGGCAAUCUUCCCUCCUAGAUUUUUUUUUUUUGACACUUAGCAUUCAUGAACUUCCAGACAAGGAAUGUGUUUUCAGUUCUUCUGUGUAAUUGUCUAGAGCUUGUAUUUCUAAUGAUAUAGCUGUGUUGGUCUCAGGCGGGGGACCAUGGAGCGGGGACACAGGCCAGUGGCUGCUCUCCGCCCCAUACGCCGGACAGGUGGCGGGUCCAUGGCGUGGUGCCCAACAGCUGCCCAGGCUCCCCUGCUGGGCUCCAGCUGCCACCUGGCUGAAGGGGGGCAGGAGAAGAAGAGGGGCCAGGGCAGGCCCAUGGUCAAAAGGGGAUGGGCUGGGCUCAUUCCACUUUCAAAAAGUGGGGGGUGCCAUGGCCCUCUGAGUCCCCUACCCCCGUUGCAGCACCCCUGGUCCCAGGAUAUUAGAAAGACAAAGUGGCUGAGGUAAUAUCUUUUAUUGGACCAACUUCUGUUAAUGAAAGAGACAAGGUUACACAGAGUUCCUCAGCUUGAAAAUUUCUCUUUCACCAAGAGAAGUUUGCCCCCAGAAAGGUAUUACUUCACCCACCUGGUUUCUCUAGAGCUUGUAUUGUCACCUGCAAAAUAUGGUCCAAUCCUGCAAUCUAAUCUGUGCAAGCAGAGUCUUUAUGGAUCAGUUUGCAUGGUAUUUUAAAUAUUUUUAGUGGAUGAUGGGACAUCUCCCUUGUAAUGUCCAGCAAUAAACUCAUCUGGUGGUGUUGUAGCUACCUCAUUCAUUACAAGUCUGUGGCAGUAAAAUGAUCCUGUUCUGAGCAAAUCCAUUUAUUGUUACACCAUCUGGAUUCAGGGGCUACAUUGCAGAGGAAUGUUGGCCACUAAACGCAUGUGUAGCAUCCAAAGGCAAUGGCCUCCUUUGAAAGAGGAUGGACUGCAUGGUAGCAUAUUUUUUAAAAUUCAGCAGUUUUGGACUGGUGUUCUGGGUUACUGCAGUCUAAGAGCCACACACGUUAAAUCCACAUAUAAUGUACAGAAUGAAUGGCUGAUAAUGGACAUGGCAACCGCUGUUGUUGCUGACGAAGUUAAAACAGCCUAUGGGAAAGGGCCCAAAGCAACGUCUGACGGAAGACAACUCAUGAUGGAAGCAAAAAUGAAACAUCUCAACCUAUCAUUUGCAGCUUGUGGGUUUCUGGGUAUAUACCACUUGGGGGCAGCAUCUGCUCUUUGCAGACAUGGUAAGAAGUUACUGAAGGUUGUGAAGGCUUUUGCAGGAGCUUCUGCAGGAUCACUGGUUGCCACAGUUCUGUUAACAAUGCCAGAAAACAUAGAGGAAUGCGAGGCGUUUACCUAUAAGUUCGCAGAGGAAAUUAGAAAACUGUACUUUGGUGCAGUGACACCAGGUUAUGAUUUCAUGACAAGACUUAGGGCAGGUAUAGAGUCUUUUCUUCCUUCUAAUGCUCAUGAGAUAGCAGAGAAUCGUCUCUAUGUAUCAAUCACCAACACUAAAAAUGGAAAAAAUUAUUUGGUUUCAAAUUUUGCCUCCAGGGAGGACCUCAUUAAGGUCCUCCUAGCCAGCAGUUUUGUGCCAGUGUAUGCAGGAAUUAAAGCAGUGGAAUAUAAAGGAGAGAAAUGGAUUGAUGGUGGCCUUACCAACGGCCUCCCUAUUCUGCCUGUGGGACGAACAGUCACUGUUUCUCCUUUCAGUGGUCGAUUAGAUAUCUGUCCACAAGACAAAGGACAUGUAGAUCUCUAUAUUAAAGUUGCAAAGCAAGACUUAAUGUUGUCUGUGGCCAACCUGGUAAGACUUAAUCAAGCUUUAUUCCCACCAAGCCAGAAGAAGAUGGAAUCACUGUACCAAAAUGGAUUUGAUGAUGCUGUACAUUUUCUACUAAAGGAAAACUGGUUUGAAUAGAUUAUGUGCAUGGAAAAUUAACAAUGUCUGAUAGCUGUCAAAACAAAGUACGUGUCUCACACAGAACCCAAGAUAUUGCUGCCAUGAUUUUUGUUUAUUAAAAUACAAAUGCCAGAGGUAUUGCAUCUGUCAAGAAAAUAUACAGGCACUUUGGCUGAAAUUUGUCAGCAUGUCAAAAUGGAAAACUGUACUUACAUGGUAAAAGGAUCUGCUGUUUCAAAUAAGUGUAAUAGUAAAAUCUAUUAAAAUUAAAAGAAGGUUAUCAUUUAGGAUGUACGGUACAGACUAGUGUAUUACUUUAUGAAAUACUGAAAAUGUGAAUUCUGACAUCAAUCACAUCUGAGAUACUCAUUCAGGUUGUGUCCUGAAAAUUUGCACUGUAUCUAGUUCUCUUAAGCUUUGAAUAGUUGUGUACUUUCUCUGUUAAUCUUAUUUUUGUGCACAGUAAUUGACUGGUUGUAAUGCUUCAAGCAUGAACUCUAAUUACAAAGAGAUUGUGAGAAACAAAACAAUUUAAUUGCAUUUCUUUAAUUAUAAUGCAUGUGUUUUUUCACCAUUAGAACUUUUAAUCCUUUAAAUCAGUUCCAAGACUUUUAAAAUCCUGAAAUACCCAUCUGUUUCAAAAUUUAAGAAUAUUUUUUUCUGUAAAAUAUGUUGGAAAGAAGAUUGC